AUGGGGGCGCACCAGCGCGAGGGCGACACGCGCCGCGGGGCCCCGCCACACGGGCUUGCUCCUCUGUGGCAGGCAAGGCCGCAGGCAGGGUCGCCGGCCUCCAUCCGGUCGUGCGCUCGUGCACCCGCGCGGCGGCCCCCGUCUUCGGCUUCCAUCCGGGCCAUCCCUUCCCCGCUUCCGUCCGCGCGGCCUCGAGUGCUCUAUGGGUGGGGUGUUGACCCGUCCGGCGUCCGGCGUCCGGCGUCCGCCUCCCGCGGCAGCCGGCAGCACUGCCCGAUGGGGUUUGAAAUUGACCCUCUCGUGGAGUCCGUGGUUCGCCCGGGGCGGCAAGGCGAGUGGCCGCAGCAAUCAUCGCGCCAUGGAUUGCCUCCGAGCCUUGGCGCGGCGAAAGCAAGCACACGGACAACACAGGGGCCAGGGCUGGGCUGGCUAAGUGGCCAGGCUAGCUACCUUUGCGUCUACAAGUUGUAG